AUGGAUCCCAAGGCAGUUUCUGAAGAGCAAAUCGUAUUGGAGAGGAUUAGGAGAAAAAUCGAAGAAGUAAAAGCAGCUGGGCAGUCGCAGCUCUCUCCUAUACAAGAACAUAUCAGUUUCACCCUUCAGCAAGCUUAUUUUAAGUGUGCACACGAGUGCUUUGAGAAAAGAAGAACGAAAGAUGUGACAAAUAACUGCGUUGAGCUCUGCCGUGUUCCCGUUGUUAAUUCUCAACAACGAUUCGAUAGCGAGAUGGCCAAGUUUCAGGGAAGGAUGAACAGAUCACUCAUGGUAUGUCAAGACAAAUUUGAGGCUGCGAAGCUAGUUAGUAGUAUUAGCAGAAUUGAUGCCCCCAAAGAUCUGGAGGAUUGCGUGACCGAUGCUGCGGCAGCAUUACUUGGCAGCUAA